ACUUUAAUUUUUCUUUAAAACUUUUAAUUUCUGUCAGCCUGAGUUUUCAAAGCACACACCUGUUCCCAACUGCCAAUCAGAGGCCUUAAUAGAGCGGACAGACCCUCAUGAGUUCAGCAGCUUUCACUGGCAGGAAGAUGGGAUCACUGAGGACCAGCACAACUUGGGGCCAACCUCUAUGGCUCCUCGCCUCCAUCCUGUUGGUCUCUGGUCCCGCCUCUUCUCUGGAGCUUCUGCGGUGUAACUUCUGCCCUCUGCUCGAAAAAUCAGAGUCGUGUCCGUACUUCACCACAGAGUGUCCGCCCGGCGAGUACUGCACCAGCUCCAGAGGCUUCUACGGCGCCCUCCACGUCCUGUCCGCUCAGGGCUGCGUCAGAGCCGACCUCUGCGGCUCCUCUGAGAUGGUCACUUACAGAGGGGUACAAUAUAAAGUUCGUUACGCUUGCUGCUGCCAAAACGAGUGCAACGAAGUGCCGGAAUCCAAAAUCACACUGAAGGAGCUGCUGCAGAUGAUCAAGGCUAAAGCAAAUGAGACUGAGGCUGCUGUGGAGAGGCCUUUGGAUGUGUGUGCAAACAGCACACUGACAGAAAUGACUGCAGCUCCUGCUAUCAAAGCAUAGAUUAGUGUCUGAGUCUGAAGGGUGGCCUGUUAACCUGCAGGAGUCUCCAAAUAGAAGCAGCAUUUAGUCAAAUGUUUGCACUUGUGAUUCGCUCUUUGUGUUUAUUAUAAAGACAGUAAGAGAGGGGGAAAAAAAA